AUAGGUGUGUUGUUUGGGAGCCAGCAGGGGAAAGAUGCAAAGUUCUCAACUAUAUUGGCCGCAUACUGCGUAACAUAGAUUGAACAAUUUCAAUAUCGAAAUACGUUUGAAUGCUGACUGCGUCCGCCAGUUAUAAUUUGGCGCUUUCGUUUCUCCGUAGAGGUCGUGUGCGUGGUAUUGGCAAUACUUGUGACAUGCCUCUAUCGAGCAAGGCUCGAGUUUAUGCAGAUGUAAAUCUAAAUCGCCCUCGCGAAUAUUGGGAUUACGAGUCAUACGAGGUGAAGUGGGGUGAUCAGGAUGAUUAUCAAAUUGUGAGAAAACUGGGACGCGGCAAGUAUAGUGAAGUAUUUGAAGGGCUGAAUAUAACAAAUAAUGAAAAGUGUGUCAUUAAAGUUUUAAAGCCGGUCAAAAAGAAAAAAAUCAAGCGUGAGAUUAAAAUCUUGGAGAAUUUGCGUGGUGUGACAAAUGUUAUUUGUCUUGAAGCUGUAGUGAAAGAUCCCAUUUCUCGUACGCCUGCUCUUAUUUUUGAACACGUCGAAAAUCGAGACUUCAAAGAAUUAUAUCAUACCUUAACAGAUUAUGACAUCCGGUAUUAUAUGUUUGAGUUACUGCGUGCACUUGAUGCGUGCCACAGUAUGGGCAUAAUGCAUCGGGAUGUGAAACCGCAUAACGUUAUGAUCAAUCAUCCUCAAAGAAAGUUGCGUUUAAUUGAUUGGGGCUUGGCUGAAUUCUACCAUCCUGGUCAGGAAUAUAACGUUCGCGUUGCGUCGCGCUACUUCAAAGGACCAGAAUUACUAGUCGACUAUCAGAUGUAUGAUUAUUCUUUAGAUCUCUGGUCUCUGGGCUGUGUAUUCGCCAGUAUGAUUUUCAGAAAAGAACCAUUCUUUCAUGGCCACGAUAAUUAUGACCAGCUAGUACGAAUAGCCAAAGUUCUUGGUACUGAAGAACUGUUUCAAUAUUUGACCAAAUACGAAAUUGUUCUGGAUCCACGAUUUAAUGAAAUUUUAGGGCGUCAUACCAAAAAACGAUGGGAGCGUUUUGUACAUGCAGAAAAUCAGCACCUUGUUAGUCCGGACUCUCUUGAUCUACUCGAUAAAUUACUACGAUAUGAUCAUGCUGAGCGACUUACCGCACGAGAAGCCAUGGAACAUAGCUAUUUUCGUCCUAUCGUUCAAGAACAUAGUAACCGAAUGGCUGUGUGUGCUCAGCAAAACAAUGAUAGUGCUAAGAAACCUGGUUCGACUACGCCAAAUGCUAAUCCGUCAUAACCUUGGCAAUAUUGCUUAAAUCAUUUUCAUCAACGUUCCACUAUACGAUUACGGUUCACUUCCGUUCUCCAAUUGUUUGGAUUUGUAUAAAGCCCGGUUGUCUCGUUGCAUCCACUAAUCAUAUAUCAUUUUAUAAACUAGUUAUACGCUUUUCUUUAUCAGUGGAUUCUUAAAAAUAAUAUUUCCUAGAGGUGUAUUCCUGUUUUUUCUGAUGGCAAUGGUUCUAUAUCUGUAUGAUUCAAUAUGAAAAGUUUUCUGCUGAUAGUGUAGAAGUGGAGGCAGCCGUUAACUGCACCAUGCCUACUAAAAGCUGCAUUUUUUUUACAAUCACAGAUUGUUUAUUUCGUGAAUGCCAGUGAGUUUACCGUGUAAAAUUGGACGAUUGUUCUAUUAUCGUGUCACAAACCUUAAGUUGUGUGAUACUCAUUGUAUUUGGCUCACUAUUUGUUCCUAUAAUAUGUUCUAUAGAAUAAAUUGAUUGACAUGCAAAUGGGACAUACUUUGCUUUUUUUUAACUCGAUUAAUCG